UGUGUGUGUGUGUGUGUGUUUGGACAGAGCUCUUAUUCAGACUCUUGAGCUCAAGCUUACAGUUGUAGCCAGAUAUUAAAACAUCCAGAUUGCUAUAUACUGUAAAUCCAUUGGAGCAUUAAAUCUGCGGCCGUGUGCUGUUCAGAAGAGUCACUUUUUUGUGUGUGUGUUGAUCUUGUGGAGUAGAGGGAGUUUCAUCGGCUAUUUCGGGACCAGCUCUCUGAUUUGAUGGUGAGAGAUGUAUGAGCCGCUGCGGUCUGCGUGCUUCCCAUACCGCAGUGUUCGGGGCUGAGAUCAACACUGCUCUUACUGCCUGGAUUUUACACUACAAUGUGCUCUUGACAUGCCAUUUUGAGAGGGGGUCAUAGCUCAAGCAAGACACAUUUGACUGGUGGGCCUCUGGCCAUGAUGGCCCCACGUAAGCGAGGAGGUCGGGGCCUGUCAUUCCUCUGCUGCUGUCUAAAAGGGAGCAAUCAUCCCGAAAUCACCUACAGUCUCCGUCAUGGCAGCAACUUUACACUGCAGGCCAUGGAGCCCACCCUGCCAAUGCCCCCCACUGAGGAGCUGGAUCUUAUGUUCACUGAACUGGUGGAUGAGCUGGAUCUCACAGAGAAACAUAGAGCAGCCAUGUUUGCCCUGCCUGCCGAGAAGAAAUGGCAAAUCUACUGUAGCAAGAAAAAGGAACAGGAAGAGAAUAAAGGGGCGACCAGCUGGCCUGAAUUCUACAUCGAUCAGAUCAAUUCUAUGGCUGCUAGGAAGUCUCUGCUAGCUCUGGAGAAGGAGGAUGAGGAGGAGAGGAAUAAGACCAUAGAGAGCCUGAAAACAGCUCUCCGCACACAGCCCAUGAGGUUCGUGACGCGCUUCAUAGACCAGGAUGGCCUGACUUGCAUCUUGAACUUUCUGAAAACGAUGGACUAUGAGACGACUGAAUCUCAGAUCCACACGUCACUUAUCGGCUGCAUUAAAGCCCUGAUGAACAACUCUCAGGGCCGAGCGCACGUGCUCUCGCAUUCAGAAAGCAUUAACAUCAUCGCUCAAAGCCUGGCCACUGAGAACAUCAAGACUAAAGUGGCCGUUCUGGAGAUCAUGGGUGCUGUUUGUUUGGUUCCUGGAGGACACAAGAAAAUCCUGGAAGCCAUGCUGCAUUAUCAGAAAUUCGCCUGCGAGCGGACGCGCUUUCAGACUCUUCUGAAUGACUUGGACAGGAGUACGGGCCGCUACAGAGAUGAGGUGAACCUCAAGACGGCCAUCAUGUCCUUCAUCAACGCCGUCCUCAGUCAAGGAGCAGGGGAGACCAGUUUGGAGUUCAGAAUUCAUCUGCGGUAUGAGUUUCUAAUGCUGGGCAUCCAACCAGUGAUUGAUAAAUUACGGUCCCAUGAAAACUCCACGUUAGAUCGGCAUUUGGACUUCUUUGAGAUGCUGCGAAAUGAAGAUGAAUUAGCCCUCGCUAAGCGGUUUGAAAAUGUUCAUGUAGAUACUAAAAGUGCCACUCAGAUGUUUGAGCUCAUCCGGAAGAGGAUAAACCACACAGACGCCUUCCCGCACUUUAUAUCCGUCUUACAGCACUGUCUUCAUAUGCCUUACAAGAAAACUGGGAACACUGUGCAGUACUGGGUCCUCCUAGAUCGAAUCGUCCAGCAGAUCAUCCUGCAGAACGACAAAGGGCUCGACCCAGAUGUGGCACCGCUGGAGAACUUUGAUGUCAAAAACGUGGUGCGAAUGCUGGUCAAUGAGAAUGAGGUGAAACAAUGGAAAGAACAAGCAGAGAAAAUGAGGAAAGAACAUAAUGAACUUCAGCAGAAGCUGGAAAAGAAAGAAAGGGAGUGUGAUGCUAAAGCCCAAGAGAAGGAAGAAAUGAUGCAAACGCUCAAUAAGAUGAAAGAGAAGCUGGAGAAGGAAAGCAGUGAACAUAAGCUUGUUAAGCAGCAAGUGGCUGACCUUUCUGCCCGGCUACAUGAGAUGAGUAAUAGGACAAAUAUCCCUGGGGGCCCUCCCCUCGCCCCUCUGGGUCCUGGUCUUCCUCCUCCUCCUCCACCUCCGGGUCAGGCUGGUCUUCCUCCUCCUCCACCUCCUCCAGGAGGAGCACCACCACCACCUCCGCCUCCCCCCGGUGGACCUCCUCCUCCUCCAGGCCUGCUUGGCUUCGGUGCUCCUCCUCCUCCUGGAGGCCUCCUGGGCUCCACACUGAAGAAGAAGAACAUCCCGCAACCAUCCAACCCGCUCAAGUCUUUCAACUGGACCAAACUCAGUGAAAAUAAGCUGGAAGGGACAGUGUGGCUUGAUCUGGAUGACGUCAAAGUCUUCAAACAAUUAGAUCUGGAGGAUAUUGAGAAAACUUUCUCUGCUUACCAGAGACAGCAGAAAGAGUCCGAGGACGACACUGUCACUUCUAAAAAGGUCAAAGAACUGUCUGUCAUCGAUGGACGACGUGCGCAAAACUGCAACAUCCUUCUCUCCAAGUUGAAACUGUCCAACGAGGAGAUCAAGAGAGCCAUGCUGACCAUGGAUGAGCAGGAGGAUCUGCCCAAAGACAUGCUGGAGCAGCUGUUGAAGUUUGUGCCAGAAAAAAGUGACGUGGACCUUCUGGAGGAGCACAAACAUGAGCUGGAGCGAAUGGCGAAGGCAGACCGCUUCCUCUACGAGAUGAGCAGAAUCAAUCACUACCAGCAAAGACUGCAGUCUCUUUACUUCAAAAAGAAGUUUGCAGAAAGAAUAGCAGAAAUCAAGCCCAAAGUGGAAGCUCUCAGUAAAGCAUCUAAAGAGGUUCUUCAGAGCAAGAAUCUCCGUCAGCUUCUGGAGAUUGUCCUGGCCUUCGGAAACUACAUGAACAAAGGCCAGAGAGGCAAUGCUUUCGGCUUCAAAGUGUCCUCUCUCAACAAGAUCGCUGACACCAAAUCCAGCAUCGACAAGAACGUCACUCUUCUGCAUUACCUGAUUACCGUUCUUGAGCAGAAAUACCCCAAAGUCAGCCUGAUUCAUGAGGAUCUGCAGAACGUUCCAGUAGCAGCCAAAGUCAACAUGACCGAACUGGAGAAAGACAUUAACAAUCUGCGCUCUGGCUUGAAAAGCGUGGAGACGGAGCUGGAGUACCAGAGGACUCAACCUCAGACCUAUGGAGACAAGUUUGUGUCUGUGGUGAGUCAGUUCAUCACUGUGGCCGGAUUCAGUUUCUCUGACAUCGAGGACUCUCUUCAGGAUGCUAAAGAUUCGUUUGGGAAGGCCGUGCAGCACUUUGGUGAGGACGCCACACGCAUGCAGCCUGAUGAGUUCUUCGGCAUCUUUGAUCAGUUCCUGCAGGGCUUCAGUGAAGCUAAACAAGACAAUGAGAACAUGAGACGACGGAAGGAGGAGGAGGAGCGCAGGGCCCGCAUGGAGGCACAGCUCAAGGAGCAGCGCGAGAGGGAAAGAAAAUCCCGGAAGGCUAAAGAAAACUGCGAGGAGGACGGAGAGUUCGACGACCUGGUGUCUGCACUGCGAUCUGGUGAGGUGUUUGACAAAGAUCUGUCAAAGAUGAAGCACAACCGCAAACGUCCCGUCAAAUCGAGCGCAGAAAGCAGCAGAGAAAGACCUAUCACCAAACUCAACUUCUGAGGUAAAACAAACAACGAAUGAGUGCUGCCCUCUGCUGGUGGAGAGAGACAUUACACCAUCUAGACUGCCAAAACACCUCCCGACAAUUCAUAAAGGCUUUUCUAAACGUCUAAAUCACUUGACGGUGUUUGUGUUGAGGAUGACAGGAAUUUGCACAGCGCACCUAGAAAACCACGGUUCUACUCGUGAAAAGAAUAAGCGGAAAGGGCUACGUGCUUUAUAAAGCAUCACUAAAAACUGGUGCUGACACUCUGCCUGACAACCAUAAACUCUUUAUUUCUCUUCGCUCAGAUAGUACGUUCUGUUUUGCUGAAGUAUUGUUGGUGUACAGUGUGUGCUAUCAAGAAACAGGACGUAAAUUGUCAAUUUAUGAAACCAGUGAUACUAUUAUUGGGCGAUUUGUAAUGAGUAUUUCCUAUUGUUACACUUGUAACUCGAGCACAAGCGAUUGUUGAUAAACUGUCCAUUCUGGACAUGUUCAAGCACAAUGCACAACUUUAAAUCUAGAAAACAACCUUUUGUACGAAUGAUAUUCAAAGUAAAACAUUUAUUAUAAAUCUACACAAAUGCCAUAUAUUAAAUAUACUGACAGGAAUUAUAGUGGGGGAAGAAAAAUACGCUGAGGUCAAACUUUGAUUGCAAAUACAUGUUAGAGGAUGACAGAACAAUGCAAUAUUCUUUCGUUGCGGUUACCAAAAAGAAGACUCAUUAAAAACAGCUGCGGAUGUACAAGCUGCAUCUCAAGCAAACCAAACUGUCUGCCGUGCAUGUAUAUUCUUGUAAUUUCUUUUGUGUUGAAGGUUGUAUAUAUGUACAUAUACCCAUUGUUAACUUUUCUGACCAAGGCUUUUUUCUUAGUCCUUGACACUUCAGUUUUUUUGUGCUAAUAUUUUUCCCUGUUGAUCAGAUGCCAUUAAAUCUUUUUUCACUAAUAGCUCUUUGUAAUGUUGUAGUACUUUGUAACGGUUUCCUUUGUCGGCGGGAGUGUUUUGUUUUCUUUAUUUAAGAAUUCAUUUGGAUGUAAGAUGAGUAAUCAAUAAAUAACCCUGAGGGUCACUGCA